AUGACAACUGGAAUGGACAUUACCGACCUGGACAAAACAGAAGACAUCGGGAAAAUGGCAAUCAUUGACAGGGAGCUCACAUGGCUGAAUGUAGACAUCACUGCCCUGCAAGAGACAAGACUUGCUGACUCUGGUUCCAUCAGGGAAAGAAAUCACACAUUCUUCUGGAAGGGUCUUGGGGAAGAUGAGAGGAGAAUCAAUGGUGUGGGGUUCACAGUACACAACAGAUUGCUGAACAAGAUAAAUACUCCCCGAGACAUAUCUGAGCACAUCACUAUCAUGGAAGUGGGGGCUAAAACUGGAAGGACCCAUCACAUUAGUGCCUAUGCCCCGAUUCUAACAGCAGAAAAUGAGAAGAAAGAUCAGUUCUAUGAAGAACUUCAGGAUAUGAUCAACAGUGUCCUAAGGGCAGACCAAUUCUUUCUCAUGGGUGAUUUCAAUGCAAGAGUAGGUGCUGAUCACCAAGCAUGGCCCAACUGCUUUGGACAGUUUGGAUUGGGGAAAAUCAAUGAGAAUGGCCAGAGGCUCUUAGAAUUCUGCACAAAUAACAACCUGUGCAUUGCAAACACCUUCUACAAUGGCAAAGACCAGCAUAAAGUUUCUUGGUGCCAUCCAAGAUCAGGUCAUUGGCACCAGAUUGACUUUGUCAUCGUCAGAAAGAAUGAUGUCGACACUGUGAAGCAAACAAGAUCCUUCUACAGUGCACACUGUAACACAGAUCAUCCGUUGGUUAUAGCCAAGGUAAAGAUGGACACAAAGAAAACACCAAGAGCCAAAAAACCAAAAAAACCAAAGAUCAACACAAAAAAACACCCAAAAUCCAGCGAUGAGAACCAAAUUUCAAGAAUAUGUUGA